GUCGUUUCUGGUCCUUGUAGCGUGGUAUAAUUGACGAUCGCAGAUAAAGGCUCAGUCGACAUGACCUCCACCACUUCGUUGUAUGUGGUUGAUGGCCCGCCUAUCACGCAUAGGGUCUCUUGUAAGUGAGACCAAUGUGUGGGCUUGCCAACCAGUAGGAGCUCAAGGAAACACCGAGAGGGUAGUUCCUUGUCGCUGUUUCCAUCUGACGACCUCGGCAGCGUCCUUGGGUACUACAUCCCAGGAUCCCCUCAGGAUCGCGUUGCAGCCUCCCAGAGCUGGGAGUGGCUGUGGCGAGUAGACACAUGGCGUGAGGUACUCUGUGUUGUCGAGCUUCCCAGCCUCCUUCAGCAGUGACCGCGGUGAGCACACACUUGAUUAUGGA